CGGCGUUGGACUGCGGAGCCAGCCGGGCCCCUGCGCAAUUUGCGUAGCGAACGGCGCCCGCGCAGGCGCAGGAGGAGGAGGGGGGCGGAGCAGCGGGAGCCGGGGAGCCGGAGCCCUGGGUCCCCACGACCUGAGCCGGCUCUCCCAUCAGCGGCCUGAGGACCUGGCAUCCGCCUCCUCCCUCCCCUUGAGGCUGGAGAGUGGACGCGGUGGGGGAGGGUGGGGCGGGGGCAACUUUCGAGAAUUACGAGGACAGGAGGCAGAGGCCCUCCCCAUCCGCAUUAUUGGAGAAGAGAGAGCCUCCCCCAGCUUGGGGAGGGGGAGAGCGGGGCAUUGGACGCCCCCCGCAAAGGCCGCUGCCCUGACCCGACGGGCAUCGGCCGGCUCUCCCCCUCCAGCCAGGACGACAUGAACGACCGAGGCCAGGGACUCCUCUCCUUGGGCCUCUGCAUCCCCCCAUCCCUGGCUCUGGGGUAGGCCCAGGGAGGAGACACCCCCAACCCCUAUCCGGUCUGCCCUGGAGAGAAGGGACUGCCCUUCCAUGCCCCUGAGUGAGGGGCGUGGGGCCCAGGCUGCCUGUGUUCCCCAAGGGCAAGGGUCUCUCUGUUGAGGAGGAGGGGCCUGUCAGCCACAACUUCUUUCCUCCUGAGCGCCCCAUCUCCCUCUCUGCACCCUGCAAUUCCCACCCCUCCGUAUUUAUUUCCCUGGCCCCGCCGACAGCCCCUCCUUGUCUGUCUCCGGGAUUCAGGCCUCCUUCCCUGACAUGGAGAGUAACCUGUCUGGCCUGGUGCCUGCUGCCGGGCUGGUGCCUGCACUGCCACCUGCUGUGACCCUGGGGCUGACGGCUGCCUACACCACCCUGUAUGCCCUGCUCUUCUUCUCCGUCUAUGCCCAGCUCUGGCUGGUGCUUCUGUAUGGGCACAAGCGUCUCAGCUAUCAGACAGUGUUCCUGGCGCUCUGUCUGCUCUGGGCCGCCUUGCGUACCACCCUCUUCUCCUUCUACUUCCGAGAUACUCCCCGCGCCAACCGCCUGGGGCCCUUGCCCUUCUGGCUUCUCUACUGCUGUCCCGUCUGCCUGCAGUUCUUCACCUUGACGCUUAUGAACCUCUACUUUGCCCAGGUGGUGUUCAAGGCCAAAGUGAAGCGUCGGCCGGAGAUGAGCCGAGGCUUGCUCGCUGUCCGAGGGGCCUUUGUGGGGGCCUCGCUGCUCUUUCUGCUGGUGAACGUGCUGUGUGCUGUGCUCUCCCAUCGGCGCCGGGCACAGCCCUGGGCCCUGCUGCUUGUCCGCGUCCUGGUGAGCGACUCCCUGUUCGUCAUCUGUGCGCUGUCUCUUGCUGCCUGCCUCUGCCUCGUCGCCAGGCGGGCGCCCUCCACUAGCAUCUACCUGGAGGCCAAGGGGACCAGUGUGUGCCAGGCGGCCGCGAUGGGUGGCGCCAUGGUCCUGCUCUAUGCCAGCCGGGCCUGCUACAACCUGACAGCACUGGCCUUGGCCCCCCAGAGUCGGCUGGACACCUUCGAUUACGACUGGUACAAUGUGUCUGACCAGGCGGACCUGGUGAAUGACCUGGGGAACAAAGGCUACCUGGUAUUUGGCCUCAUCCUCUUCGUGUGGGAGCUACUGCCCACCACCCUGCUGGUGGGCUUCUUCCGGGUGCACCGGCCCCCACAGGACCUGAGCACCAGCCACAUCCUCAAUGGGCAGGUCUUUGCCUCCCGGUCCUACUUCUUUGACCGGGCUGGGCACUGUGAAGAUGAGGGCUGCUCCUGGGAGCACAGCAGGGGUGAGAGCACCAGGUGCCAGGACCAGGCGGCCACCACCACAGUCUCUACUCCACCCCACAGACGUGAUCCCCCUCCCUCCCCCACAGAAUACCCAGGCCCCAGUCCCCCUCACCCUAGGCCCCUGUGCCAAGUUUGUCUGCCGCUUCUUGCCCAGGAUCUUGGGGGUCGUGGCUGCCCCCUCCUCUGGCCGGCUCCUUGCUGCUCCUGUCAUAGUGAGCUUGUGCCGUCCCCCUAGGAUGGGGGGUGUGGCCCUGGCUGCCAGAUGCCCACAGCACCCUGGCAUGACCUGCCACCUCCGCUUCCACACCGGAGCCAGCUACCUCUCCUGUGCCUGCCACUCAAUAAACAGUGUCUGCGCCCCACA